UGUAGUGUCAUUACGACAUCCCCGUUGCCGGCAUGCUGUCUAGCGGUGGUCGCACCGGCCAUGCGAGUGGGUUGACCGACCUGAAAAAUUUCGAAUCAGUCAUUUUACAAUUUAUUCAUUAUUCUUUAGGAAUUACUUAAAACAACUUAUAGAGAAACAAACAAACAAACAAACAAAGAAAGAAAAUGUCAGUGACUACUAAGACUAUCACUAUUUUACCCGGUGACCAUGUUGGUACUGAAAUUGUUAAUGAAGCCAUUAAAGUUUUAAAGGCUAUUGAAGAUAAUACCCCACAUCAAAAGAUUAAAUUUGAAUUUAAACAUCAUUUAAUUGGAGGAGCAGCUAUUGAUGCUACAGGAGUUCCAUUACCUGAUGAAUCUCUUGAAGCUGCUAAAAGUUCUGAUGCAGUUUUAUUAGGAGCUGUUGGAGGUCCAAAAUGGGGGACAGGAACUGUUAGACCUGAACAAGGAUUAUUAAAAAUUAGAAAAGAAUUAAAUUUAUAUGCUAAUUUAAGACCAUGUAAUUUUGCUUCUGAUGCAUUAUUAGAAUUAUCUCCUUUAAAGGCUGAAGUUGUUAAAGGAACAAAUUUUACUGUUGUUCGAGAAUUAGUUGGAGGUAUAUAUUUUGGUCAAAGACAAGAACAAGAUGAAUCAGAUGAUAAAGAAACUGCUUGGGAUACUGAACAAUAUACUGUAGCAGAAGUAUCAAGAAUUACUCGUAUGGCAGCCUUUAUGGCUUUACAACAUAAUCCACCUUUACCAAUCUGGUCAUUGGAUAAAGCAAAUGUUUUAGCUUCAUCAAGAUUAUGGAGAAAAACUGUUGAUAAAGUAAUUAGUCAAGAAUUUCCAACUUUAACAGUUCAACAUCAAUUAAUUGAUUCUGCUGCUAUGAUUUUAGUUCAAUCUCCAAGUAAAUUAAAUGGUAUAGUAAUUACUUCUAAUAUGUUUGGAGAUAUUAUUUCUGAUGAAGCUUCAGUAAUUCCUGGUUCUUUAGGUCUUUUACCUUCAGCUUCUUUAUCAUCUUUACCAGAUACUAAUAAAGCUUUUGGAUUAUAUGAACCAUGUCAUGGUUCAGCCCCCGAUUUACCUGCUAAUAAAGUAAAUCCAAUUGCCACUAUUUUAUCAGUUGCAAUGAUGUUAAGAUUAUCAUUAGAUUCUCUUAAAGAAGCUGAUGCUUUAGAAGAAGCUGUUCGUCAAGUAUUAGAUUCUGGUAUUAGAACGGCGGAUUUACGUGGUACAAGUUCUACUCAAGAAGUUGGAGCUGCUGUUGUAGAAGCUGUCAUUAAGAUUUUAAAGAAAUCUGCUUAAAUCAUCAUAUACAUUCUUAUAUAUAUAUAUCUUUUUAAU